UGGCCCCUGGAAGACCUCCUCAAUGAGACAAUCCUCCCACUUCAUUCUGCAGGAGUCAGGAUGGAAAAGCAGAUGUGAAGUCCCUCAUGGCGAAGUUUAACAACGGGGGCAACCCCACGGAGGAGGUCUCAGUCAACAGCCGGCCCUUCAAGGUCCCGGGACAAAACUCCCCUUCAGGAGUCCAGGCCAAAAAGAACUUGUUCAACAACCAAGGAAAUGCAAGCCCUCCUGCAGGACUGAGCAACGUGCCCAAAUUUGGAUCCCCCAAGCCACCUGUGGGGGUGAAACCUUCUCCUGAGGAAAAGCCUGACAAGGAGCCCAAGCCCCCAUUUCUAAAGCCAACGGGAGUGAGUCCCAGGUUUGGACCGCAGGCUAACUCGGCCACCAGAGACCCCGAGGUGAAAGCAGGAUUUCUGAAACCUGUAGGCCCCAAGCCCAUCAACUUACCAAAAGAAGACGCCAAACCUGCAUUUCCCUGGCCUCCUGGGACUAAACCUUCACUUCCCAGUGUAAACCAAGACCAUGACUUAAAACCAGGCCCCAAGCCGGGGUCAAUGCCUCCAGCCCUGGAGAGUGAACCAAAACAAGUCUUGUCAAAGUUGGCUGGGGCAAAAGGCAAAUUUCUGUCAGCCUCACAAGAUCUGGACCCCAAGCCCCUCUUCCCCAAGCCUGUCUUUGGUCAAAAGCUACCCCUGAACACAGAGGAUGCCCAGGAAAACGAGAGCCCCACCAAGACUGUGGCUCCACAGAGAGGGCCCCUGGCCCCCCCAGCAGCCAAGGCCAAGCCUGGCCCUUUGAAACCAGCCAGGGAAGAGCCAGAGAAUAAAGAACAUGGGGGUGAGACGUCAGUGUCUCCUUUUCCGGGAGUUGUUCUGAAACCUGCUGCAAACAGAGUGGCCCCCGGAGGCCUCCCCAAAAAUACUGAAGAGAAAAGAGAAGAUAGGAAGAUGGACGCUGCUAAGAAUGUCUUCCUGAGCAAAAUUACUCAGGAAGAGUCGGCCUCUGGGGCUCCUCCUGCCAAGUUCUCGAAGACCCCUUCAAAGCUGACAUCGACAGGGCCCUGGAGCCAAAGUCAAGACAAGGAAAAGGGGGACAAAAAUUCAGCGACCCCCAAGCAGAGACCCCUGCCUUCCUUGUUUACCCUGGGACCCCCUCCACCAAAACCCAGCAGGCCACCCCACGUUGACCUGUCGAAAUUCCGAAAAGCCACAUCUGGAAACU